CGUCUUUACAGGGAGUUGUGUCAAAUAUAAUUACUGCACUGUGCAUAAAGCAUUUGCAAAAUGCUCGCUGUUUUCAGUUAUUAUUUUUCUGUGAGACUGUAUUCAUCCUAGGAUAUGAUGUCAGGAUGGGGAUUAGAACAAUCAAAACAAAAAAGCAUUAUUUCCUCCACCAGCAUCUUCCCAGCAACGCCCUGUAUCCCAGACCGGCGUGCGCACCACACAGACGCAUCAACCGAUGUCAGUCGCUGAGGUUGUCAUCAACGCCGAUGCUGAAGAUGUAUGUGAGUAGCGCGACGCGAGUUCGGGAAGGACGGAAGGAUUAAAUAAAAUAGUCAUUCCGAGAGGAAAACAUGACAGGCAUCCUGCUCCCCCGGUGGUUCUGUGGGAUGCAGUCAUAGUUUGAGGCCGGACAUGAUUUUAAUCUCAGGGGUUGCUGUAGAGGAUGCGGGAUGAUGUGCGCCGCACCCCGAGUGAUAUUGAUAAGGAGAACACAGCUCGGUCCUUCAGUGCCCUACAACAAAUCCGGAUAUUUCCUUGACUCUGGUACACACUGAUCCCUCUUGCUUUUUUUAUUUAUUUUUUUCUUUGCACCCCCUGGCUGGGACCUUUUGGGAAACCUUCUGAUGUAGAGGGAUUGGGCUGUUUUGCCUGAAGGAAUCAUCUGAGCACUGUUGCUCUCACUCAGAGGGGAAAGCCAGGACCGGGCUGCUCACCUGCUCAUUUCAGCACACAACAAUAACCUUUCAGCAUGGCCGAGAGGACAAUGGAGCAGGGCUCGGUCAGCAUCCCCAUGGAGGAGACCAAACUCCACACUGGGGCACCACAGGAGGCACCUCUGCUCACUCACCUGAAGAAGGUGGAGAACCACAUCACAGAGGCUCAGCGCUUCUCCCACCUCCCACGGCGCUCUGCUGUGGACCUGGAGUUCACUGAGCUCUCCUACACCAUCCGAGAGGGGCCCUGGUGGAAGAGGAGAGUUUGCCUUGGCACACGUAGCUCAGGUUACAAAGCCCUCCUCAAGUGUCUGUCGGGAAGAUUCUGUAGCAGAGAGCUCAUAGGCAUCAUGGGGCCUUCUGGAGCUGGGAAAUCAACUUUGAUGAAUAUUCUGGCAGGGUACAGGGAGACAGGCAUGAAGGGCACAAUCCUGGUUAAUGGUCGGCCGAGGGACCUGAGGACCUUCAGAAAGAUGUCCUGCUACAUCAUGCAGGAUGAUAUGCUACUGCCGCACCUCACUGCGAGGGAGGCCAUGAUGGUUUCUGCCAAUCUGAAACUGAAUGAGAGCAUGCAGGUCAAAAAAGAACUUGUGGAUGAGAUCCUGACAGCUCUGGGCCUUCUGGAAUGUGCUCAGACACGUACCAUCUCUCUGUCAGGGGGCCAGUGUAAACGACUGGCCAUCGCGCUGGAGCUGGUCAACAAUCCACCCGUCAUGUUCUUUGAUGAGCCCACCAGUGGUCUGGACAGUGCAUCCUGCUUCCAGGUCGUUUCUCUCAUGAAGUCUCUGGCUCAGGGAGGACGGACAAUCAUCUGCACCAUUCAUCAGCCCAGUGCCAAGCUCUUUGAGAUGUUUGAUAAGCUGUACAUCCUCAGUCAGGGUCAGUGCAUAUACAAGGGCACAGUCCCCUAUCUCAUCCCCUAUCUGAAGAACCUGGGCCUCCACUGCCCGACAUAUCACAACCCUGCUGAUUUCAUCAUUGAGGUGGCAUCAGGGGAGUAUGGAGACUUGAACCCAGUGCUGUUUGAGGCUGUCCAGGGGGGACUGUGUUCAGAAGAGGGCAAGAAGAACUCCAGAGACAAGAGUGACUCUUCCUGUCCCUCUCAGUGUCACAGCGACACAGGAACCCUUGAGAAGCAUAGCUUUGCCACCAGUACAUUCACACAAUUCUGCAUCCUCUUCAAAAGAACCUUCAUCACGAUAUGCAGGGAUGCGGUGCUGACCCACCUCAGGGUGAUGUCCCAUCUGUGUAUUGGAGUGCUGAUUGGCCUGCUUUAUCUCAAAAUUGGAAACGAUGCCAGCAAGGUUUUCAACAACACGGGUUUCCUCUUCUUCUCCAUGCUGUUCCUCAUGUUUGCUGCCCUGAUGCCCACAGUAUUAACCUUUCCCCUGGAGAUGGGUGUGUUUGUGAGGGAACACCUCAACUACUGGUACAGCUUGAAGGCCUAUUACUUGGCCAAGACGAUGGCUGAUAUACCGUUCCAGGUGAUUUGUCCAAUCAUAUACUGUAGCAUAGUGUACUGGAUGACUGAACAGCCUCCAGAAGCGGGUCGCUAUCUGCUCUUUAUGGCCUUGUCCACAUCCACGGCACUUGUGGCUCAGUCUCUAGGUCUACUCAUAGGGGCUGCCUCCACAUCUCUGCAGGUGGCAACAUUUGUGGGUCCAGUCACAGCCAUACCCGUCCUCCUCUUCUCUGGCUUCUUCGUCAAUUUUGACACCAUUCCGAAAUACCUACAAUGGAGCUCUUAUGUCUCCUAUGUCAGGUACGGCUUUGAGGGUGUGAUACUCUCUAUUUAUGGAAUGAACCGGUCUGAGUUGGAGUGUCCAGACAAAGCGUGUAAGUUUCAGAAACCGGAGGAGGUUCUGCAGCUUCUGGAUGUGGAGGAUGCAAAGCUUUAUGUGGACUUCAUGGUGCUGGGAGUUUUCUUCCUGGUCCUUAGACUGGCCACCUACCUGGUUUUGCGUUACAAAGUCAAGUCAGAGCGCUAAGACAUCCAGAAGAAACCCCCUGAUGGAUCUGGAUGCUCAUGCAUAUCCCGGUGGUGUGACAUAGUCAAAAACAUAUCUCUUCCUCUGUCUCUUCUUCACAUUCACGUAGUAAGACGUACACAAAUCCAGCACAUGCAAUCAUUUUCCCAACUGUACAAUACAAAUAAAAUGAAGAGGUUAGACUCUUCUAUUCUCUGCUAAUUAUUGGUAAUAGUAUUCUUCAGAU